GGCGCUCGGUGCCAUGGAGACGGCGCGAGGCGCCCGGGGCCCGCGUUAGGCCGAGGGUGAGGGCGCGUUCGGCUCCCCUCGGCCCCGCUUUCGGCUACUUUCGGCCCCCUUCGGCUCCCCUUCGGCCCCCCUCGGUUCUCCUCAGCUCUCCUCAGCUCUCCUCAGCUCUCCUCAGCUCUCCUCAGCUCUCCUCAGCUCUCCUCAGCUCUCCUCAGCUCUCCUCAGCUCUCCUCAGCUCCCCGGCCGUGUGAGGGGGCGGGCGGCGAGGCCGGCCGUCAGGUUUGCACAGAAUCCGUGAAAACAGAAGGGAACUCUGUGCCCUGCCUCGCUGCGCUGUGCCCGGAGCCCUGUGGUGAGGCGUGCUGGCAGCAAGAUGAGCGCCCUCAGCUCGCAGGAUGAUGAAGAUACCUUUAAAAUACUGAUUGCUACUGAUAUUCAUCUUGGCUACUUGGAGAAGGACCCAGUGCGUGGAAAUGACACGUUUGUAACUUUUAAUGAAAUCUUGGAGCAGGCUCAAAAAAAUGAAGUGGACUUUGUUUUAUUAGGUGGGGACCUCUUUCAUGACAACAAACCUUCCAGGAAAACAAUCCAUUCUUGUUUAGAGUCGCUGAGAAAAUACUGCAUGGGUGAUCGUCCUAUUCACUUUGAGAUUUUGAGUGAUCAGGCAGUUAAUUUUCAAUAUAGCAAGUUUCCAUGGGUGAACUACCAAGAUGGAAAUCUCAACAUUUCUAUUCCAAUUUUUAGUAUUCAUGGCAAUCACGAUGAUCCAACAGGGGCAGAUGCACUGUGUGCAUUGGAUAUUUUAAGCUGUGCAGGAUUGGUGAAUCACUUCGGGCGUUCAACUUCUGUGGAGAAAAUAGAUAUUAGCCCCAUUUUAUUGCGCAAGGGUGGAACAAAAAUUGCUCUGUAUGGCUUAGGAGCCAUUCCAGACGAGAGGUUGUAUCGUAUGUUUGUCAAUAAACAAGUAACCAUGCUGAGACCAAAGGAAGAUGAGGACAGUUGGUUUAACUUGUUUGUGAUUCAUCAAAACAGGAGCAAACAUGGAGCCACCAACUACAUUCCAGAGCAGUUUUUGGAUGACUUUAUUAAUCUUGUUGUGUGGGGUCAUGAACAUGAGUGUAAAAUAGCUCCAGUCCCAAAUGAACAGCAAAAUUUCUAUGUUUCUCAGCCAGGAAGUUCGGUGGUGACAUCUCUGUCCCCUGGAGAAGCUGUGAAGAAACACAUCGGUUUGCUGCAUGUUAAAGGGAAAAAAAUGAAAAUGCACAAGAUUGCUCUAGAAACAGUGCGAACUUUCUACAUGGAGGAUGUUGUUCUAGCUGAUCAUCCAGAUCUUUUUAAUCCUGACAAUCCUAAAGUAACUCAGGCAAUACAAGCAUUCUGCAUGGAAAAGGUUGAAAUGAUGCUGGAUAACGCAGAAAGAGAACGCCUAGGAAAUCCACGCCAGCCGGAAAAGCCUCUCAUAAGAUUACGAGUUGAUUAUACAGGUGGCUUUGAGCCAUUCAGCAUCUUUCGUUUUAGCCAGAAGUAUGUGGAUAAGGUGGCUAACCCAAAAGACAUCAUACACUUCUUCAGACGUCGUGAGCAAAAAGCGAAAAAUGGAAGCAGUAUCAAUUUUGGAGACCUGGUCAGCAGACCUGUUUCUGAGGGGAUGACGCUGAGAGUGGAAGACCUCGUAAAGCAGUAUUUUCAGACAGCAGAGAAGAAAGUACAGCUUUCACUUCUAACGGAAAGAGGAAUGGGAGAAGCAGUGCAGGAGUUUGUGGACAAAGAGGAGAAAGAUGCUAUAGAAGAGCUUGUGAAAUUUCAACUAGAAAAAACACAGAGGUUUCUUAAGGAGCGUCACAUUGAUGCAGUGGAAGAAAAAAUAGAUGAGGAGGUGCGAAAAUUUAGGGAGUGUAGAAGAAAAAACGCCGAAGAGGAGGAUGAGGAAGUUCGUGAGGCAAUGACCAGGGCUAGAGCUCACAGAUCUGAAGACGCAGUUCUUGUGUCAGCCUCCAGUGAUGAAGAGCUCAUGGAUACAGGGGCGAAGGCCUCUGGUGAUUCAGAUGAUGACCUUCCUGCAACAGUGACUCGAGGAAGGGGUCGGGGGAGAGGUAGGGCAAGAGGUGCAAGAGGACAAAAUUCAACAGUAAGAGGCUCGUCUCGAAGGGGAAGAGGAAACACUAGCCAAGAGCCAGCUACUAGCAGCAGAACCUACAAGUCUGUCCCUGCCAAGAAUAAGUCGAUCAUGGAUGCCUUUAAGUCUUUGAAAACAGAGCCCUUCCAGAAUUCAUCUAAAUCUUUCUCUGAGGAUAUUAUAGAUGAUGACUCAGAUCUAGAAGACAUUCAUAUCACUCCUUCUUCCAAAGUAAAUCAAAGGUUCUCAACUACAUCUUCAUUUAGUAAAAGAGGUUCACAAAGCCAAACGACAUCAAGAGGAGUUGAUUUUGAGUCAGAUGAGGAUGAUCCAUUCCAAAGCGCCACGACAUCACGAAGAAAUAGAUGAAUGCUGCCUCACUGUAGAGGAGAGACCACGAAAGUAUCUUGCCUCAGCCAUCCUAAAAUGUCAUCACUGUUUUUCCAAAUGUUUCUCCAAAUGAGACUUUUAAGAGAAGAUCCUGUACUCACCCUGGGGGAACCACACCUUCUGUUGAAGGAGCCAAGACCUCGGCACGCUUCUCCUUGCCCCUUUCCCCACUCCCAUGAAAAUGAUGAUAUGCAGCUGCAGCCUUUAGAGCUAAUCAAGGAAUAGGCUAGAAGUGUUCGUCAGCUAACACCCCAGCGUGUCAGAGAAAUACCAAAUACAAUGGGUAACUGAAGCCAUACUUCUGCAUUUUUGUGUUCUCCAUCAAAGAGAUGGGAUUGGGCAUUUAUGUUGCUCUGGCUCUUGCUGAGCAUGACUGUCGUUACUUUGUCUGCAUAUAUGCUGUAGCAGAGCAUGUCCCUUGAGCUUCCUGAAGACUUCCAUAAAAACGAUCAAGACCAUCAAAUUUCUAGCGUAGAGCUCAGUAACUUACAAAGAAGUGCAGUUGCAUACUGCAUCAGGAAAUUUGAUGUCUGACCCUUUCAUUGAGGGCUAUCAAAGCUCUUAUAAUAUUACCUAUGCAAUUAAAAAGCUGCUGUAAAUGCCCUCCAGGAUGGGGGUUGUGGUUUUUGUUUCGUUUUUAAUAAAACUAUUUCUGUUAAGUAAAUUCUGAAA